GCUACGAUCUAAGUUUGAUCUGAGUUUAAAGAUCCAGAAAUCUUAAGGAAGAUAUGACAAAACCCAGAAACCUGUUUAGAUUUUGCUGUCUGCUAAUGGCGUUUUUGUUUGCUUAUUCUGCAUCUGUCCAGCUUAAUGAUCCUGAUUGGUACUUCUGGUUUCCUCUAUACACACUUGCAUGUUUAAUUAAUCUGAUCAACUGCAAAAGAAGAAUAUCUAAGUCGAGAAGAAUCAAACAAAUGAUGGUGAGAACAGCUUUAGGCUUGGGUCUGUUCUUGUUAGUUAAAGUUGUUGCAGAGGAUGUCAUAACAGAGAAAGUUGGAGUCUUGUCUUUGGAUCUUACUCAUAGAGUGGUUAGAGAGAAGAUUGGAAGUGGUUUGGUCGUAGCUUCAAUGGUUCUGCAACUACAAGCUUCUUCCACAAAACCCAUUGACUUUGGUAUGCUUGCAAUAGUAAUCUUUGGCUAUGGACUUCCCUUUUGGUUCUUCACAGUUAUGAAAGGAGAAAUCAAGAUUUGAUCAAAGAUUCCAUGGAGAGAAAAAAAGUUAGUUGCUUUACAACGACAAGGAUGCUCAGUUUCUUGUCCAGAUGUUACCAGUCUGCGACCAUAGUCUCGAGUGAUCUCUUCUCCUG